AGGAUGGGGGUGCUGAGAUAUGUGAAGCACAUGCUUUUGCCGCCGAAGAAAAGCGACAUCAGACUGAGAUGUGCCAUGGCGGUGAGGUACUCGGAGGACAAUGAGCAGAAUAGGUUGUUGUUGGGGGACGAGGUGGACGACGAGUACGUUGCGGACGAUGUGGUCGGCACGGACGACGGCAACGGUAACGACAACGGAAACUGCAAUGUAGAGAAGACAGAGGCGAAGGCUGCGACAGGCCACAGUUUGCAGGGACUCAGAGCCAAGAUCGUGUCAUGGUUCCAGCGCCAGGAGGAGGAUAUACAGCGGGUGGAGGAGCUUGAGGACGACGAGUACUACAUCACGUCGCCGUUGGACACGUUCAUCGGGUGGGCGGUGGACGUGGCGGGCUCGAUCUACGUGCUUUUCAUUGUGUUGGCGUUGUUGGCUGCGUGGAUUGUGUGGGGCUGCAUCAACAAGGGCUCAGACACGUGGCAGAUUGUGAUGCAGGACGGCCAGUCCAUCCAGACGUACGUGUGGAACACGUUCCUCAUGAGACAGCAGCUCGACAACGACGAGAAGCUUUUGAUUUUGUACGGCCGGUUGAAGAGCCGGUCGUUGACGCACAAACGCUUGCUGCAGAAGAUCGUAGACAACAGGGACAGCAUCGACCUUGAGUCCUUCAUGAAGAAGCAGGGCUCGAGAGAGGGCAACCUCGAGCAGCAGAAGACAAUUAACUUCAAAAGCAGGAACCUGUUUGACAAGGUCUCUUACUGGGUCGGAAAAGUGUUGGGCAGCUUGCCUGCCGUGGCUGUGUACUGGGUCGGGAUUUUUGUUUGGAUUGACUGUGGUGCCCUACCCUUGAAUGAGGGCACGGCGGAGAAGCCAGACAUGGAAACGUUCUCCAACACCUGGCAGAUGUACGUGAACACCGCCACCGCAAUAGAGUUGUUAGUGACCACAGUGUUUUUGGAAAACGUCCGGAACAGAACCAACGCGUUCAUCUUGAAGCAGACCGAGCAGUUCAACAAAAUCGACCAGGACUUGGAGUGCUUGUUGCGGGAAAUCAACGGCAACGACCAAACGGAGAAUGAACUCGUUGUUGUGCAAAGGUGUCCACGAGACAGGAUCCAGAAGGCAAUCAGUUUCUAUGCACACGUGGUUGGCAAUGGUCUAGGGUUGGUCAUCUCGAUUUGUGUCUUCUCUGCGUGGGUCGGGAUCGGCAAUGUCAUGCACUGGAGUGCAAACUGGUGGUUGGUCAUUGGCUCGUACACCGGGUUGGUGGGUUUCAUUGACGGGUUUGUAUUGCGCGAGAUCUUCUUUUCGAUCACAAACUACGAGCAGAGCAAGUUCCUCGACUUGUUGGGCGACUCUCAAGAAUGGCUUGAUAUUGUCGGCAUCCCGGUCGAUUUGGAGAGACCAAUUGUGAAGAAUAGCUUUGGCAACCGGAUCUCGCUUUUUAUCAACCGGGUCUGCUCCAACGAGUGGUCGGUGGUCUCUGCGUUUGCCAUAGUGCUUGGGUUGGUCAUUUUGGCGAGCGCCAUGUUGUGGUCUGAGACUGCGCAGUUGAUUGCCAACACACCGACCAUGAUUAUCGAGGGCUUCUUCCUCUUGAUCCUCGUGCAGGCGCACGACUGGGCGACAGAGGAAAGGAGAAUGACGCUUUCCGAGCUCAACAGAAGUAGAGUGUUGCUCUACGACUACAUACGCACACAUCAUGUUUCCUGAGCAUUGGCAAAACGUUGGCAUAGCAUUACUUAUUUAUUUCU